CGAAGGAACGCAACAGCGUCAGCUCGGAACAGGACACCUUGCAGCCAUAGGGGAAAAACACUGAGUUCAUUUAUAUGUUCAGGAGAAAGAAGGCUAACAUAAGCUGUUGAAUUCUGCCCCUCUGAGAGGGGAAGAAGAAAGAAUGUCUGAGGUGUGCAGGGGCUCUUUGAUUGUGCUGGCUGCUUCACUGAGGCACUGAGAAGUUAAGGCAGAGUCUAUGGAAGGGAGGCUAGCGUCCAUGAUGUGCUGAUGAUUGAAUCGAGAGAAAUGAAUUGGAUUGAUGCAAUACAGUAGAAGGCCAUGUGAAAAUAUCCACAGAGUCCAAACCAGCAUCUUGAAAAGUAGUAGAGGCCAGUUCAGUUGUGUCAUUUAAGGUCCAGUUGAGGACACUUGGGGUUAUGGCUUCCGAUGUGGCUCCAAAUGUGCCUCUGCAUGCUGGCCCGGCCCAGCUUGAAGGCAAGACUAGGAAAAAGAAGAAGCGAAAGAAGCAGCAGGAGGGGAAUGAGGGUGAAGAGGAUCAUCUGGAGAUCCAAGCUGAGAUCGAGGGCCUCACCAAAGCCGGGAGCCGGGCCCUGGCCCAGGAGCGGCCGGAGGAGGCUCUGGUCUCAUUCAAGAAGGCCUUUCUUAUCUCCCUUGACACGGGUGAACAGGGUGUGCAGAGGGCCUGUGCUUUCAACCUGGGCGCUGCCUAUGUGGCCUCAGGCAGGCAGGCCAAAGGCCUGGACUUCCUGCUGAGGUCGCAGCCCGCCGAGGGUGGGGAAAGGCAGGGUGACCUGUAUUUUAACCUGGGGAUAGCUCACGAGGGGCUGGGGGACCUGCAGAGUGCUGCUGAAAACUACCAACAGGCCGUGGUUCACUACCAGGCCCAGCAGUCACAGGGUGAGGCAGACACCUGCAUGAAACUGGCCAGCUGCUGGGUUAGGGCAGGGGAUCUGGCCCAGGCUGGCCGGUGCUUCCGGAGGGCAGGCCAGCUCUACCGGCAGGGGGGCAGCCCUGACCUAGCCGCCAUCGCCCUGAAUGAGGCCGCCAGACACAUGCUGCAGUGCCGGCAGUUCACAGCCACCGAGAUCACCCAGGUGUUGAACGAGUGCCAGACCAUUUGUGGGAACAUUCAGAACAAGGCCCUGCUUGGAAAACUCUACAAUGACAUCGGACUCGGCUACUCGCAGUUGAAGAUCUUCUCACUAGCAGCUGAGUGCUUCGAGCAGGCCCUCCCGUACUGCCAACGGGACAAUUUGGAGCGCAGGAAAGAGGCUGUGAUCCUGCAGAACCUCGGCGCUGUCUACAACACCACCAGUGACUACGGCAAGGCACUGGACUUCCACCAACGUGCGGCAGCCUUGCACGGUUCCCUCGGAAAUAGGAAUGCACAGGGUCAGUGUUUCUGCAACAUGGCCUUCGCUUACAGUCAGCUGGCAGAGCACGAGGAGACAGCUGAGAGUUACCUGCACGCACUGCAGGCUUUCAAAGACACCGGUGAUUUUCAUGGACAGUGGCAGGCUUGUGAAGGCUUGGGGGCUGCUAAGUUCCGCCUGGGAGACCCUGAGAAGGCCACGCACUACUACAAACAGGCUUUAUCUGCUCUGGCCAAGUCGCAGGAACCCACUGGCUCAGCACAGGAAAGGAUCGUGAACAAGUUGGCAGAUGCCAUUCAGUAUAAACUGUCUCUGAACAGUGCUUUCCCCCACACCGGGGGCAUCCGUCCUGCUAUGCCUUUGGCCAAGACUCUUGAUCAGGACUUGAAAGAAAUCGGGAUGAAGCCAGAGGAAGAAGGUGCGAGGAGAGAAAGGAGUCCUGGACUAUAUCCCAAGAAGUACUUACCUGGAAAUUGCCUGCGAACAAACCCAUUGAGAGGUCCAGUCCCUGUGACGCAUGGAUAUAGAAAAGGGCAGGAAUGUCAUCGAAAACAAGUUCUUCACAGGCCUGAGGAGAAUCGAGGAGCUGUGAACCAGGCUGGCUCUCCGGAGAAGGGAGGAGAGACGAGAAAUGGUUUCCGAGCAUCCACCCAGGCAGAUCCCAGUUCUCCCGCAGCAGUAAUUGUGCAGGCCCUCAGCUACAAACCUACAGAAGCACUGGGGACAGAGAAUGGAGUGGCGAGCAGAGAGGAUGGCAGGAGUUUGCAGGUGAAGGGACCGAGGACAGAGGCAGAGAUGGAAAAACUUGAGACUGAGACAGAGGCCGAGGGAUUUCAUCGAGUGGGUGAUGCUCAUGGGCAUACUCCAACUCAGGCCAACAGAAACUUAAACAACACGUAUCUGCAACCGGACCCCACUUACAUGAACAGCCCAGAGCUCAGGACGCUGAAGGCCGCAAAUAAGAGUGAUCAUUUCUACGAGACCUUACGGGCGAGGCAGACAUUGGUUGCAGAAGAGGGUGUGGCAUCACAAUCUCAGGAGUCUGGGAAUUCUGCCAAUGGAAUGGAGGAGGAAUAUCUGAAAUGCAGGAGGAGAUGGGAGUCAAAGAUAUGCAACCUCAUGUGAGAUGCUGUCUCCCCAGUCAAUGGGAGCACUCUCUGUGAAAACAUUUUCCCAAUGUGGAACAUUGUGAGCUGACUGGAUCCUCUGUGGAGAAGAGCCUCAACAUCUCGUCAUGUCAUUGGGUUGAGAUAUCUGUUCUCCUGACCUCCCACUGUUCUAGCUCUGGCCACUCGCUCAGGGAGCCUCAGACCCUGGCUGCUCAGUCUGACCCCUACAUUGUCUUCUCUGGUCAAUCGGUACUAACCCCUGACCUGGGGCUAGUUAGUGACCCUUAACCCCAGCCUUUGACAUCAGUCAGUUUUUCCUGACUUUAUUCUGGGGUCAGUCAGGGACUCUUGACCCUCUCAGGUGUCAGUGCCCCUGACCCUGACCUCUGGGUUGAGGAUCAGAGUUAAAAGCUGUGAACUGGUUUCCCUCGAGCCUUUCCCACCAGACUGUGGCAGUGUCUUUCCCCAUUGUGUGGGGGCUAAGAGCAGGUUACACCCUUCAGUGACCAUGGGUCCUGGGGGAGGGAUACUACCUUCCGGCACAUGGUGGGAUGUGGGCAGAGAAACAAUGGGUGCUGAAAGCAGCCAGGAUAGUUUUGAUGCUGGGCCAGAUUGUUGUCCUGUCCAUGUUCUUGUUUCAGCCUCAGCAUUCGGGAUCAGACUGAGGAUGGGGUGUGCUGGGAAUAGUCACUACACUUUUCCAACUUUAUCCUGCAUUAAUCUUUUAUAAUUUUUGUAAGUUGUGACUAACUUUGUUGUUUAAAAAAAUCAGAAGUAUUUUAUUUUUAUAAAUCUGCUAAUCCUCGA